AUGGAGGAGACGCCGCCGCAGCUGCAGCCGCAGGCGGCGCACGCGUCUCCUCCCUUCCCGGCGGUCUUCACCCCGCCGCGCGCUCUCUCCUCCGCGUCCGCGCGGGGCAGCCCCACUAUCCCCAGCCCCAGCCCCAGCGGGCCCGCGCAGUUCAGCACCCCGCCGGGGCCGCCCGUCUUCUCCUCGCCACUGCGCCCCGCCGCCGUGCCCUUCCGCACCACCCCGGUUUCGCCCCAGCCGGUACCCUUCGCCCCACGCACAGGCUCCUCAUCGUCCUCCGUCUCCCUCCCCACCUCCUCCGCCCCGCACUUCCUGAACGGCGCGGCCACACCCCACGGCCACCUCCCCUUCGCGCCGCCAUCUCUGGAGGACUCCAGCGUCGACUCCCCGUACGUCCUCUUCUCUGCUCGCAAGGUCCUAAAGCAGAAGAAACUGCUCAAUGCCCCUAGCUUGGGUUUCGGAGCUCUAGUUUCGCCGGGGAGGGAGGUGUCGCCAGGUCCGGAAGCCUUGGAGCGCGAUCCACGCCGUUGCCUCAACUGUGGGGCUUAUGUGAAUCUGUACUGCGACGUGUUGAUUGGCUCUGGGCAAUGGCAGUGUGUCAUUUGCAAGAAACUGAACAACAGUGAGGGCGAAUUCGUGGUCUCCAGCAAGCACGACCUGCUUCAGUGGCCAGAGCUCGCAUCCCCGGCUGUCGAUUAUGUGCAUUCAGGGAAUAGGCGGCCAGGCUUUGUCCCCAUGUCCGACUCGAGGGUGUCUGGUCCCAUUUUUAUUCUCAUAGAUGAGUGCCUCGACGAGGCGCACCUGCAGCAUCUGCAGGGCUCCUUGCAUGCGUUUCUGGAUUCGCUCCCUCCCACUGCAAGGAUUGGAAUCAUCUCCUAUGGGAGAACUGUUUCCGUGUACGAUUUUUCAGAGGGGGCAGCAGUGUCAGCGGAUGUGCUACCUGGAAAUAAGUCGCCCACCCAUGAUUCAUUGAAGGCGCUAAUCUAUGGGACGGGGGUGUACCUGUCUCCUGUGCAUGCUUCGCUUCCUGUUGCACACACAAUAUUCUCAUCUCUCAGACCCUAUCAGUUAAGUGUGGCAGAAGUGUCGAGGGACCGAUGCCUUGGAGCUGCCGUAGAGGUUGCCCUUGGUAUUAUUCAAGGGCCAUCAGCGGAGUUAUCUCGUGGAAUCAUCAAGAGAUCAGGAGGCAACUGCAGGAUCUUAGUGUGUGCUGGUGGCCCCAACACGUUUGGACCAGGAUCGGUGCCUCAUUCUGUUCAACACCCAAACUAUGCUUACCUGGAGAAGACUGCUAUGAAGUGGAUGGACAGGCUUGGUCAUGAAGCACAGAGACACAGUACCAUCGUUGACAUUCUUUGUGCUGGGACAUGUCCAGUGAGGGUUCCUGUCCUGCAGCCAUUGGCAAAGUGUUCUGGAGGCGUGCUUUUGCUUCAUGAUGAUUUUGGAGAGGCCUUUGGGGUCAACUUGCAAAGGGCGUCGACUAGAGCAGCUGGCUCCCAUGGCUUAUUUGAGAUUAGAUGUUCAGAUGGAAUGCUUGUGACUCAAGUUAUUGGCCCUGGUGAAGAGGCUUCUCCUGAUUCUCAUGAAACAUUCAAGAAUGAUACUUCAUUUUGUAUCCAGAUGCACAGUGUUGAAGAAACACAGAGUUUUUCCGUGUCUAUGGAGACAAAAAGUGAUAUCAACAGUGAUUUUGUUUACUUCCAGUUUGCAGUCCGUUACUCUAAUAUUUAUCAAUCAGAAAUUACCAGGGUGGUCACUACCAGGCUUCAAACCGUUGAUGGUCUGUCUGCGUAUCUUUCAAGUGUACAAGAAGAUGUAGCUUCAGUUAUCAUUGGCAAGAGAACUGUCUUGCGCGCCAGAACCGCCUCUGAUUCUAUUGACAUGAGGCUCACAAUUGAUGAAAGAGUUAAGGACAUUGCUAUCAAAUUUGGUACUCAGGUUCCAAAAUCAAAGCUUUAUCGUUUCCCAAAAGAGCUGUCAUCACUACCCGAGUGCUUAUUUCAUUUGAGAAGGGGCCCACUCUUAGGUAGCAUCAUAGGGCAUGAAGACGAAAGGUCAGUUGUUAGGAGUUUAUUCUUGAAUGCGUCAUUUGACCUGUCGCUACGCAUGCUGGCACCUCGCUGUAUAAUGCAUCGAGAGGGUGGCACAUUUGAGGAGCUGCCAGCAUAUGAUCUUGCCAUGCAAUCAAAUUAUGCAGUGGUACUGGAUCACGGAACUGAUAUUUUCAUUUGGUUGGGUGCUGAACUAGCAACCCAAGAAGGACAAAGUGCAGCAGCUUUAGCAGCAUGUCGCACACUGGCAGAAGAGCUCAGUGAGCUUCGUUUUCCAGCUCCCAGGAUACUUUCAUUCAGAGAAGGGAGCUCUCAGGCUAGAUACUUUGUCUCACGCCUGAUCCCAGCUCACAAGGACCCUACUUAUGAGCAGGAGUCGAGAUUUCCUCAGCUACGGACCCUUACUCCUGAACUGAGGGCUAGGCUAAAGAGCAGCUUCAUCCACUUCGAUGACCCUAGCUUCUGCGAGUGGAUGCGCAGCCUCAAACUGGUCCCACCGGAACCAAGUUAACACAAAUGUAAUCAGAUGAGUGCAAAAUCCGAAACGGUGCAUAGCAACGAGACGCUGGGGUUUUCGCUUCUGACAAAGUUGCCAAACGAUAGCAGAAAGCUUUGUGGAGUAUACUUAAUGGCCCAAACACAUGUUUGGGUUCAGUGAAGCGCCAUUUAGGGUGCAGCGGAGGUUGUAUGAUUUUGCUCGAUUCUUUUCUCUGACGCGGUAGCAUAAAUACAUUCUCUUGUCAUACAGGUGCGGAAUUUUGCACAAUAAGAUCAUCGAGAUGUUCUCCCUUUGAA